CGGGUAUAAAAAGGAAGCCUUCCGCCCUUCCCUCCCCUCCGUGCCUUUCGACAAUCCCCAAAUCCUUCCCUCAGAGCUGUGGGUGCGAUUGGAGGUGUUGCGCGGACUUGCAGCAUAAGGCUUCUCUUUCUGUAACUCAAAAUCUCCGAUGGGUCGUCAAGCCUCCAUUGAAGAGGUGCCAUACGGACGGCACCGUUCCGACAGAAACGGUCGAUAUACACCGGAAUCAGACCAUUCGCCUGACUACCGCCGACGCCGUCGUAGCCCCUCCUACGACAGCUACGACAGCAAUACUGAUCGUCGCGAACGCCGUUACCGCUCCCGCUCCCGUUCGCGGUCGGAUUCUCUGGAAUAUGCGGAUCCUAGAAGAAGGCGUGCAAGUCCCGAGCGCGACCGGGUCUUACAUACUCUUCCCAGGAAAUUCGGCAAGAAUCAGAGCUACCUGGAACGCGAUUACCGGAGCGAAAGGGAUCCGGAGUCCGAAUCGGACGAGGAGUUGAAGGGACUGAGCUACGAGGAGUACAGACGGCUGAAGCGGCAGAAGAUGAGGAAGUCAAUGAAGUUCUGCUUCUGGCAGAACACGCCGAGUCCCCCGAGAGACGCAAAUGAUGAGUUGGAGGACAAAGCCGGCGAGAUUUACGGGAAAAACGGUGAAGAUGCCGAAGAAAGGAGUGAUUCCGGCGAGAAGGAGAGAGAGAAACGGAUUAAUGGAAAGGUAGUCGCCGAGUCUGAGUCUGGGAAAUCUGAGGAUGAUUCUGAGUCUGAGUCUGAAUCUGAUGAUUCGAGAGCAAAAAGGAAGAGGAAGAGUUCGAAUUCUAAACGCCGAAGAACGAAAUCAUCUUCCUAUAGUGAUAGCGAGUCGGAGGAAGAGAGUGAGAGCGAGAGUGAAUCGGAUGAUGAUGAGGAAGAUCGUAGGCGGAGAAGGAAGAGUACCCGACGAAAGAGUAGUAGGAAAAGCAUUAGUAAAAGAAAGCGAAGUAGGAAAAAGAGUCGUAGGCAAAGUGAUUCUGAUGAGAGCUCGAGCGAAGAAAGUGAGGAAUCUGAUGUUGGUGGGUCUGCUGAUGAUCAAGCUAAGUCGAAUAAGAGGGAGAACAAGCGGGAACGUCCUUCGGGUUCCCGAUCUAAACGGAGUAGGAGAAAGAAGAAAUCUGACGCGGAGACUGAGAGUUCGUAUUCUGAUGGGAAUUCUGGUUCUGGAGAGGAUGCGAAAAGCAAGGUGAAGGCAGAAGAGGCAAAGAAGGCUGAGAUUAAUGCUGAGGCUCUCGUUUUUAAGGAAAUGAUUGAAGCACAGAAGAAGCCUGCUCUAGAUAAUGAACCAGUAGUCGGGCCAAUGCCAUUGCCCAAAGCUGAAGGGCAUAUUAGUUAUGGUGGUGCUUUGAGGCCCGGUGAAGGUGACGCAAUUGCACAGUAUGUGCAGCAAGGGAAGCGUAUUCCACGAAGAGGUGAAGUGGGUCUUUCUGCCGAGGAGAUUCAGAAGUUUGAGAGUCUUGGUUAUGUGAUGAGUGGUAGCAGGCAUCAGAGGAUGAAUGCCAUUCGUAUUAGAAAGGAAAAUCAGGUUUAUAGUGCGGAGGACAAGCGGGCCUUGGCUAUGUUCAAUUACGAAGAAAAGGCAAAACGCGAACACAAGGUUAUGGCAGAUUUACAGCGCCUGGUGCAGCGCCACAUUGGGCAAGAUGUUGGUCCUACCCAUGACCCUUUUGCUGGAAAAGCUGAUGGUGCUGAUGCUUGAUCUUCAUUGAAGAGUGAGGGAGAAGGUGUGAAAAAGCAAGGGAGAGAUUUCAUAAUUGGGAAUGGCAAUGAUUAAUUAGGGAGAGCACGCGACUGGUGUCAUUCCAAAAUCAGCCAAGAAAAUUAGGUUUUGGGUUUUGGGUAUUCAUGAUUGAAUAUUUCUCAAGAAAAAGAAAAAUUCCCACUUUGAUGCAGGGCUGUACAGGUUUAUGUCGUAUGUCAUGUCACCAGCACAAGGCGUGUGUGGUCAUGGGAGGUCCGUUUGGGACUCGCGAGUUAGGACCGUCCAGUGCCAACGCCAGUCACGUAUGUGUACAACACACACACACACAGGUAUAGAGAGCUAAAAUCUUGCCUCUGGUGAAUUAUAUUUUUAAGGCAAUAAUUGCAGUGCAAGUAAGAGAUAUGAUGA